AUGUCCAAGGUAGCCAAGUAUCGCCGGCAGGUGAGCGAGGACCCCGAUAUCGACAGCCUGCUGUCCACCCUGUCCCCGGAGGAGAUGGAGGAGCUGGAGAAGGAGCUGGACGUGGACCCCGACAGCAGCGUCCCCGUGGGGCUCCGGCAGCGGAACCAGACGGAGAAGCCGCCCACCGGCGCCUACAGCCGGGAAGCCAUGCUCAGCUUCUGCGAGAAGGAGACCAAGAAGCUCAUCCAGAGGGAGCGGUCCGUGGACGAAAGCAAGCACAUGGAGACCACGGCGGAUGCCAAGAACGGAGAGGAAAAGGGCCGAGACACCGGCAAAAGGGCCCCGGGCCCCAGGCAGGACCCAGACCUAGGGAGGGAGCCCAGGCGGGGGGCCCUGAAGAAAAGCUUCUCCAGAGACAGAGACGACGCCGAGGGCAAAGGUGCCCCCCAGCCCAAGGAGGAGAAGCUCAUCAGGGGCAUCGACCGGGGCCGGGUCAGGGCCGCCGUGGACAAGACAGAGGCCGGGGGCAACGGGCAGGGGGGCGGCAGGGCGGCCCCCAGCAAGGAGGAGAGAGGUGGGGACGGGAGCUCUGGUGUGGGGAGGGACAGGGACAGGAAGACAGAGGAGGGGAAGGUGAGAGGAGGGCCUGAGCGCACAGAGGCCGUCGGGAAGGACGAGGCGCUGAGCCGAGGAAGCGGGGGCACAGACACGAGAAAGGAGAAGGAAGAGAGGAAGACGGAGGAGAGAAAGACGGAGGAGAGGAAGACGGAGGAGAGGAAGGAGGAGAGGAAGACCGAGGAGAAGAAGGAGGAGAGGAAGACCGAGGAGAGGAAGACCGAGGCGGCCGAGAAGCCGGCCCCCGCAGGCCCCGCCAAGCCCGCCGAGGGGCCGGCCCCCGCAGAGGAGGACGCGGCGCCCAGCAUCUUCGACGAGCCCCUGGAGAGAGUGAGGAGCAACGACCCCAGCAUGACCGAGGUCAACGUCAACAACUCCGACUGCAUCACCAACGAGAUCCUGGUGCGCUUCGCGGAGGCCCUGGAGUUCAACACCGUGGUCAAGGUGUUCGCCCUGGCCAACACCCGCGCCGACGACCACGUGGCCUUCGCGGUGGCCAUCAUGCUCAAGGCCAACAAGACCAUCACCAGCCUCAACCUGGACUCCAACCACAUCACGGGCCGGGGCAUCCUGGCCAUCUUCCGGGCCCUGCUGCAGAACAGCUCGCUGACCGAGCUGCGCUUCCACAACCAGCGGCACAUCUGCGGCGGCAAGACCGAGAUGGAGAUCGCCAGGCUGCUGCGGGAAAACACCACGCUGCUCAAGCUGGGCUACCACUUCGAGCUGGCCGGGCCCCGCAUGACCGUCACCAACCUGCUCAGCCGCAACAUGGACAAGCAGCGUCAGAGGCGGCUGCAGGAGCAGCGGCAGGCACAGGAGGCCGCCCGGGAGAAGACGGGGCUGCUGGAGGUGCCCAAGGUCGGGGCGCUGGCCAAGGGCUCCCCCGGCCCCUCCCCACAGCCCUCACCCAAGGCCUCGCCCAAGAACUCUCCCAAGAGCGGGGGCGCCCCGGCCGCCCCUCCGCCUCCGCCGCCUCCCCUGGCCCCACCCCUCAUGGUAGAGAACCUGAGGAACUCACUCUCGCCGGCCACCCAGAGGAAGAUGGGGGACAGGGUGCUCCCCGCGCAGGAGAAGAACUCCCGCGACCAGCUGCUGGCCGCCAUCCGCUCCAGCAACCUCAAGCAGCUCAAGAAGGUGGAAGUGCCCAAACUGCUCCAGUAGGACAGGCUGCCGGGCACUGGCCCCCAGGGCAGUGCAGGCCCCGUCCGCCCUGCCGACCACUGCCAUGUCCCCGGUCCCCGGUCCCUGAGGCCCGGCCACGCUUUCUCGUCCAAACGUUUCCUCUCCACCCGGAGCUGGCGUUUCUGGACAAGAAGAGUCCUCUCAGCAGGUCGCGGAGGAGACGGCGCACCCGCGGGACCAGUCGGGGCCCAGCCCCUGCCCUCCAGGGCCAGGAUUCAGCCUCUGAGGAGCCCUGGGCGAAGCUGCUGGGCCGGUGUGCGGGGCGGGGGCAGGGGCAGGGGCCGGACCAGGGCCGAGGGACCCCCACCCCCUCCUGGGCUCAUCAGAG